AUGUCCGCCCCUAGGUCCUCCGUGGGCCGGUUGCGGCCCUGCGCCCUGGGCCUUCAGCUGCUGCUUCUGCUGGGCACCCUUUUGGACAUCGCUGCGGUCCGCGGACGCCCCAGAAGUCAGGCAAUCUCUCUGAGUGACUCCGUGGCCUGUGGCCGGCGUGGCCUGGAAGGGAAGGUCAUGGGCGGUUCCCCUGCCCCUGAGGCGAUGUGGCCAUGGCAGGUCAGCGUGCACUACGCAGGCUACCACGUGUGCGGCGGCUCCAUCCUCAAUGAAUACUGGGUGCUGUCGGCCGCGCACUGCUUCGGCCGGGACAAGAUCAUCCAUCUCUAUGAUGUGUACGUGGGGCUCGUGGACCUCGAGGUAGCUGGCAACUACACCCAGUGGUACGAGGUGCACAGGGUGAUCCUGCACCCCAGGUACAAGAAGUACCACCCCGUCGGAAACGAUGUGGCCCUGAUACUGCUGAAGUCUCGCAUUGUGUUUUCCGAUUUUGUGCGCCCGGUCUGCUUGGCACCUCCGGAUGUGAAUCUCAGCAACAACGUUCCUUGCUGGGCUACGGGUUGGGGACUUGUCUCACCAACAGGCGAGACCUCGAACAAGCUGCAGGAGGCCCAGCUCCCACUGAUCCCAGUGUCCUUAUGCUAUCUGUUCUUUGGAUCUGUGUCCUACAUCACGCCGGAGAUGCUGUGCGCUGGGGACAUCCUGAAAAUGAAGACUGUGUGUGAGGGCGACUCUGGGGGCCCGCUGGUCUGUGAAUUCAACCAUGUCUGGGUGCAGAUUGGAAUCUCGAGCUGGGGCCGUGGGUGUGCCUACCCCGGCUACCCUGCAGUGUUUGCCCGAGUUUCCCAUUUCUCAGAAUGGAUUCUUCUUAACACAAAAACCACACCCAUACCCUCUCAGCCAACCCCUCUCGCCCUCUCCCCGGCUCUGCAGGCCACCCUCAGUGUCCUUGUGGCCACACUGGCUGGCCCCUCAGUGCUGUGA